AUGCUGCUGUGGGCAGGAGACUCAGAUGCCACUGCCUCUUCAGAUAACAGUGAAACAGAGGGGACACCCAAGUUGUCAGACACACCAGCCCCCAAGAGGAAGAGAAGCCCUCCGCUGGGGGGUGCCCCAUCCCCCUCCAGCCUCUCCCUGCCUUCUUCAACAGGGUUUCCACUUCAGGCCUCUGGGGCCCCUUCCCCAUACCUGAGCUCGCUGGCUUCCCCCACCUACCCCCCAUUCCCUUCUGACUACUUGGCCCUGCAGCUGCCUGAGCCCAGCCCCCCAAGGCCCAAACGGGAGAAACGGCCCCGCCUGCCCCGGAAACUCAAG